UUUACCGGAAGCUGAAGAGGGAAAUCAGUGGAGUCGCGUUGGCAUUUUCAUCUGCCGACUCUCAAGCGCACGGGAGGAGCCGCGUCUGUUAUCUGGUCUCAGGAACAGGACAUGCUAAGGUCCCCAACAUGGACACAGAGAUGAUGCAGAAGUUCUCAUCAAAAGACGAGGAAAUCAAUUACUGGAAGAGUUUGUCUCUCAAAUACAAGAAGAGUUAUCAUGACGCUCAAGAGGAGCUGCAGGAGUUCCAGGAGGGCAGUCGGGAGCUGGAGGCUGAGCUGGAGGCUCAGCUCAGUCAGGCGGAGCAUCGUAUUCGAGACUUGCAGUCAGAGAACCAGAGGCUGAAGAACGAGGUGGACAUACUUAAGGAGAAACUGGAGCAGCAGUACGCUCAGAGCUAUAAGCAGGUCUCUAUGCUGGAGGACGACCUGGUCCAAACACGCGGCAUAAAGGAGCAGCUGCACAAAUAUGUCAGGGAGCUGGAACAGGCCAACGAUGACCUGGAGAGAGCCAAGAGGGCCACGAUCACAUCCCUGGAGGACUUUGAGCAGCGGUUAAACCAAGCCAUAGAGAGGAACGCCUUCCUGGAGAGCGAACUGGACGAGAAGGAGUCACUGCUGGUGUCGGUGCAAAGGCUUAAGGAUGAAGCUAGAGAUUUGAGGCAGGAGUUGGCUGUGCGAGAGAGGACGUCAGAUGUCAGAAUGUCGGCUCCCAGCUCUCCAACACUUGACAUUGAUAAGACUGACUCAGCUGUACAGGCCUCCCUGUCCCUUCCUGCCACACCUGUGGGGAAGAAUAUAGAGCAUCCUUUUAUCGCACAGAAAGCAUUAACCAAUGGCUGUGGAAGCUCCCCCCUGACACCCUCUGCACGCAUCUCAGCCCUAAACAUCGUUGGUGACCUUCUACGGAAAGUCGGGGCUCUGGAGUCUAAACUAGCCGCCUGUAGGAACUUUGCCAAAGACCAGGCAGCGAGGAAGAAUUACGCCACGGGAAAUGGAAACCUCAUGAACAGCAACGCAACAAAGUUCUCUCAUUCGCUUCACACUACGUAUUUCGACAAGACAAAUUUGAAUGGACUAGAUCCCGGUGCCCUGACCACCCUGGGCUCUCCGCGGGCCGUGUCUCCCCCCGGCAUGCUCCCUCUCAGCGUGUGAGAGACCUUUCCAGCUACCUCAACACAAGUCCCAACACAUUAUGGAAGCAGAGAGGACACUUUAAAUGAGUGUGUGUGUGAGCGCAGGUGUGUGUGUAAGAGAGAAUGCAGAGAAUGCCGUGCCUCCAGCGUGUCUGACAGGUGCAUGUCAGGUGCGAGGGUCCGUUCCUGUGACCGCGUGGUUCCGCCGAUCUCUGUUCUGCAGAUCAGCUUUUCUCAGUUUUAUCCUCACUUGAAGCCAGCAAAACGACAAAGGUCUGCCUCAGACCUUCUGCGUGAGGGGUUUUUAGUGUGUUGCACAAUUAAAAGAUGUAUAAAAAAGGCUGAAAAGAAUGAAAAGGGAUUUUGUUUGUUUAAGGUGAACAUCACUGUAUGCUUAACAAUGCAAGUGAAUGUGUGUGUUGUAUGUGUACUCGGAGCGUGCGGAAAUCGGAUGUAGAUCUGAAUGUUCCCUCAGUCUUUACUGGAUUAGAUGUUCACCUUUUUUCAGGCACAGUGUGUGGAGGCCGGGAUAGUGCUGGAGUUAGAUCAUGGUAUAUCGCAUGGAAACCGUCUUUAAUGGAGCGCUUAUGAAACGACAGAUUUGGACAUUAUCUAGUUCAGAAAUCAAGCUGAAUGUGUUUCCAAGACAAAACCACGCUAUUUGUGACAAGCUGCACUUCCAUAGAUGAAUAAAGCACCAUGUUAAGAUUUGUCAAGCUGCAACAGUUAUGACGACAUCAACUUCCAUUGACAAAAGCGUUUAACUUCAGAAUUCAGCUUGGACUAAAUCAAUAUCUGUGCAACGUGACCGUGGUCACAUGAGUUGUCAGCGGUUGUAUGAACCUCAUUUCUUUCCCAUGUGCCUCUGAAUCUGCUGGUGAGUUUGAAAUUCACUGUUUAUUUAUUUCACAGAAGCCAAUGUGUGUUUUUCCACAGUGUUUAGGUUCUUUAACAUGAACUACAAGAGCACUUGAGUUCAUUUACCCCUGUUGUCUUUAAUUUCACAGUUCUCAUGCACUUUGUCGGCUGUUUUGUUAUAUUUUAUGUAUAUAGAUUUGUGAACAAAGCAGCGUUGCCCAGUGUAUGUCUGUAGAUACAAAAAUUGGGCCAACGGUUUAAUUUAUUUGAGAAUCUUUAUGGCAUGUUUUGACAAGGAGUAAAUUUUACAUACUGUGCUUUGGAUUAAAAUCAUUUAUCGAGAUGUUACAUCGGUUGUCUAAUAUGUGCAUAUAAAUAAAGGGAAAAGGGUGUCAAGUGAAUGUUUGCCGCUGAUA